AGAGCGAGACACCCGGCCAGACACCCUCGCCCGGGUGCCGACCUGCUGAGUCUGAGGAGGCUGCGCCCAUGGGGUCCCAGCAACGGCUGCUGGCCGCUGCGUGCCUGCUGGGCGUGCUGGUCACUGCCUGCCUCGGUUGGUCCAGCCUGGAGGACCCAGGUCUCCAGGUCAGGCUAGCAGGCUCCAACUCAAGGUGCCAGGGCCAGCUGCAGGUCUUGAGUCUCGCCAAGGACUCGUGGCACGCGGUGUGCAGCGAGAGCUGGGCCGGGGCCCUGCUCCACCCGGCCGUCUCCCGCCAGGCCGCCAGAGUCUGCCAGAAGCUGCAGUGCGGGGCCUCUUUGGGCCUGGCCACCUACGCUCACUUCAACACACCCCAGGACCAGAUCCUCUGCCAGGGACCCCGGGGCUCCUUCUCCAACUGCAGCACCAUCGAGCCCCACAAGUGCCUCCCACUGAGCCUGAUCUGCUUAGAGCCCCAGAGGACGACCCCCAAGCCCACGACGCCCCCAACCACCCUGACUCCGGAGCCCACAGCGCCCCCGGUGCUGCAGCUGGUGGCAGGGCCCCGGGGCCUGCGGUGUGCUGGCCUGGUGGAGUUCUACAGUGGCGGCCUGGGAGGCACCAUCAGCUACGAGAACCAGGACAGGAUCCAGGGCCUGGGGAACCUGCUCUGCGGUGCCCUCCAGUGUGGCUCCUUGAAGCAGCAGCCGGAGGCCAAGGCAGUGGAACCGCAAGAGCCAGGAGAGCGCUGGGCACGCAGGCCCUUGCCAAUUCGAUGGCAAAUCCGGAACGCCAGCUGUGCCUCCCUGCAAGAGUGCUUCAGGAAAACCCAGCCCCAGGAGGGUGGCCAGGCUCUCAGCCUGGUCUGCUCAGAUUUCCAACCCAAGGUCCAGAGCCGCCUGGUGGGGGGCGGCAGCGUGUGCAAGGGCACUGUGGAGGUGCGCCAGGCCUCCCCGUGGGCAGCCCUGUGUGACGGCCACGUGAGCAGGGGGCCCGCGCGGUGGGAGGAGCUGUGCCAGGAGCAGAAGUGCAGCAGCCUCAUCUCCUACCACACGCUGGACGCCAGUGAGACCUCCAGUGGGUUCUCCUGUCCCCAGGAGAAGCUGUCCCAGUGCCAUGAACUUCGGGAGAAAAGAGCCUCCUGCAAGAGGGUGUUUGUCACAUGCCAGGAUCCCAAUCCAGCAGGCCUGGCUGCAGGCACCGUGGUGAGCAUCAUCCUGGCCCUGGUGCUCCUGACGGUGCUGCUGGUCGUGUGCGGCCCUCUCGUCUAUAAGAAGCUGGUGAAGAAAUUUCGCCAGAAGAAGCAGCGCCAGUGGAUCGGCCCCACAGGAAUGAACCAGAACAUGUCUUUCCAUCGCAACCACACUGCGACUGUCCGGUCCCAGGUGGAGAACCCCACAGCCUCCCGGGUGGACAACGAGUACAGCCAGCCCCCUAGAAACUCCCACCUGUCCGCUUAUCCAGCUCUGGAAGGGGCCCUGAAUCGCUCCUCUGCCCAGCCUGACAACUCCUCUGACAGCGACUAUGACCUGCACGUGGCUCAGAGGCUGUAAAAGGGGGCCCGAACAUCUCAAUUCUCAAAAAGGACAAGAAUAAGCACCAGCAAUAGAGGCGGCAGGGCCAACUCAGCAAGAGCAGAGGACUUGUCGCUCUUAAUUCCAUCUCAGAAGACAACACAAAAGACCCCUGUGUGGAGAAGGCCCGGACAGCAGGGCAGCGGCUGUGGGCCAUCCCCCAGCACCCCGAAUCGCCUCCACAGAGCCCUCCUCCCGACUCCUCUGCUCCUUGCCCCACAGAACUGGGAACCAGGGACAGAAAAAACUAGAGCCGGAACCCUCUGUCCUGAGGAAACCAUGGUCACCACUUGGAAGGGAUGCCCCAUUUCCACUCCCAGCAGGACCUGGCCUGGACAGACUGGGGCACCUUUCACACUCGUCCUGUGCCCUGCAGUGGCAGGCCAGCCUCACCCCCUCGCCCCCCAGGCCCUGACCCAGGGGAGGCCAGCAGCCACAGCUUGGCGCCCUCGGGGCACCAACGCUGGGAGUAGACGGAGCCAAAGGCGAGCAGCCCUUCCGAGCAGACUCGGGGUGUCCAGAAGGGGUCCCAUUUCCUAAGCCUGGGCUGCCCUUCCCCUGUCCACCAGGGUACAGCACUGAGUGGACUCUGGCCAGGUGAAGAACGAGGAGGAAGCUCACGUGUGGGUGGGAGGCCAUUUCUCUCUUGUACUUUAAAUGUGUUCUUUGUAAAUAACACUCUUCCUACUUCCUGACAACUUGAGUGUUCUGGCCUCUUCCGCC